AUGAGUCAGCCACCGACGGGGGGCGCUGCCCCUGCCACAGCUACAGCUUCUGCCGCCACCUCUGCCACUGAGGCUCGCCUGCACCCAGAGGGCAGCAGCAGAAAGCAGCAGCGUGCACAAUCACCUGCUAGACUAAGGGACAAUUCGGUCCGGCAGACAACUACGACCACCCGGUCCCCUGUGGGGACCGGCACUAAACUCAAUUCUGUUCGACUGCAGCAGCUGCAGCAGCAGCAAGGCAACAAGACCGGGAGCCGCUCGGUGCCUCCGGCCAGCGCCCGCGGAGGCGGAGGCGGGGCGGAGAAGGCUGCGCCCCUGGCGCCCAAAGGGGCCGUGCCGGGAGCUGUCCAUCUCGCGGCUGGUGCUGAAGCGGCCCCCGCGGCGACCCUGGCCCCGGUGGGCGGCAGGAGGCCUGGCCCGACGGAGGAGCCUCCCCGGGAGCUAGAGCCCGUGUCCGCUAAACUCGGGGAACCCCCUCCGCUAGGGGAAGGAGGAGGAGGGGGUGGGGAAGGAGGAGGAGCCGGCAGCGGCUCCGGGGAGAGGGAGGGGGGCGCUCCGCAGCCGCCGCCGCCGCCGCCCAGGGGCUGGCGAGGGAAAGGCGUACGAGCUCAGCAGAGGGGCGGCAGCGGCGGGGAGGGGGCCUCCCCUUCACCAUCCUCCUCUGCGGGCAAAACCCUAGGCCCCGGCAGCAGAAACUCCGGAAGCAGUGUUGUGGGGGGUGGCAGCGGUGGCGGAGGGAGCUACUGGAAGGAAGGAUGUCUGCAGUCUGAGCUCAUCCAGUUCCACCUCAAGAAAGAGCGGGCGGCAGCGGCGGCAGCCGCGGCUCAAAUGCACACUAAGAACGGCGGCAGCAGCACCCGCAGCUCCCCGGUCUCUGGCGCCCCUGCCAUUUGCGAGCCUCUUGCAGUCCCUUCCGUCUCCCCAAUGGCGGCGGCAGCGGAGGGCCCCCAGCAGAGCGCAGAGGGCAGCGCAACUGGAGGGGGCAUGCAGGCGGCGGCGCCUCCUUCGUCGCAGCCGCACCCGCAGCAGCUCCAGGAGCAGGAAGAAAUGCAAGAGGAAAUGGAGAAGCUCCGAGAGGAAAACGAGACUCUCAAGAACGAGAUUGAUGAGCUGAGGACCGAGAUGGACGAGAUGAGGGACACUUUCUUCGAGGAGGAUGCCUGUCAACUGCAGGAAAUGCGCCACGAGUUGGAGAGAGCCAACAAAAACUGCCGGAUCCUGCAGUACCGCCUCCGCAAAGCCGAGCGCAAAAGACUCCGCUACGCACAGACAGGGGAAAUCGACGGGGAGCUGUUGCGCAGCCUGGAGCAGGACCUCAAGGUUGCAAAGGAUGUAUCUGUGAGACUUCACCAUGAAUUGGAAAAUGUAGAAGAAAAGCGAACCACAACAGAAGAUGAAAACGAAAAACUGAGGCAACAGCUUAUAGAAGUUGAGAUUGCAAAACAAGCUUUACAGAAUGAACUGGAAAAAAUGAAGGAGCUAUCCUUAAAAAGAAGAGGAAGCAAAGAUUUGCCAAAAUCUGAAAAAAAGACUCAACAGACUCCCACAGAGGAGGACAAUGAAGAUCUAAAAUGCCAGCUGCAGUUCGUGAAGGAAGAAGCCGCUUUGAUGAGAAAGAAGAUGGCCAAGAUUGAUAAAGAAAAGGACAGAUUCGAACACGAGCUUCAGAAGUACAGAUCCUUUUAUGGGGAUCUGGACAGUCCUCUGCCCAAAGGAGAAGCGGGGGGCCCUCCCAGCACCAGGGAGGCUGAACUCAAGCUGCGGCUGCGACUGGUGGAGGAAGAAGCCAACAUCCUGGGCAGGAAAAUCGUCGAACUGGAGGUGGAGAACAGAGGCCUGAAGGCCGAACUGGACGACCUGAGGGGGGACGACUUCAACGGCUCGGCCAACCCCCUCAUGAGGGAGCAGAGCGAAUCCCUGUCGGAGCUGCGGCAGCACCUGCAGCUGGUGGAAGACGAGACGGAGCUGCUGCGGCGGAACGUGGCCGACCUGGAGGAGCAGAACAAGCGCAUCACGGCGGAGCUCAACAAGUACAAGUACAAGUCCGGCGGCCACGAGAGCGCGCGGCACCACGACAGCGCCAAGACCGAGGCUCUGCAGGAGGAGCUGAAGGCGGCACGCCUGCAGAUCAACGAGCUCAGCGGCAAGGUCAUGCAGCUGCAGUACGAGAACCGCGUGCUUAUGUCCAACAUGCAGCGCUACGACCUGGCCUCGCACCUGGGCAUCCGCGGCAGCCCCCGCGACAGCGACGCCGAGAGCGACGCGGGCAAGAAGGAGAGCGACGACGACUCGCGGCCGCCGCACCGCAAGCGCGAAGGGCCCAUCGGCGGCGAGAGCGACUCGGAGGAGGUGCGCAACAUCCGCUGCCUGACGCCCACCCGCUCCUUCUACCCGGCGCCCGGGCCCUGGCCCAAGAGCUUCUCCGACCGGCAGCAGAUGAAGGACAUCCGCUCGGAGGCCGAGCGCCUGGGCAAGACCAUCGACCGGCUCAUCGCCGACACCAGCACCAUCAUCACCGAGGCCCGCAUCUACGUGGCCAACGGGGACCUGUUCGGACUGAUGGAUGAGGAGGACGACGGCAGCCGCAUCCGCGAGCACGAGCUGCUCUACCGCAUCAACGCGCAGAUGAAAGCCUUCCGCAAGGAGCUGCAGACCUUCAUCGACCGCCUGGAGGUGCCCAAGUCUGCGGAAGACCGCGGCGCCGAGGAGCCCAUAUCCGUGAGUCAGAUGUUCCAGCCUAUCAUUUUACUUAUUCUCAUUCUUGUAUUAUUUUCAUCACUUUCUUACACAACAAUAUUUAAACUUGUCUUCCUUUUUACACUGUUUUUUGUACUGUAA